CUCGCUGCUGCCGUCAGUCGGGCCGCGCCGCGCCUCGGCUCUGGUUUGAUGACGAUCAGAAGCAUGCUUGCACUGCACUGCCCGACACCCCUGGCCACGCAGAAUGUCUUUGAGCGAGAGUGCCGUUUUUGCCUAUGAGUCUUCAGUGCACAGCACCAACGUCUUGCUCAGCCUUGAUGACCAGCGGAAGAAGGACGUGCUGUGUGACGUCACUGUCCUUGUGGAGGGCCAGCGGUUCCGCGCCCACCGGUCCGUGCUGGCGGCAUGCAGCAGCUACUUCCACUCGAAGAUCAUAGGCCAGGAGAAGGCAGAGCUUCACAUUCCUCUACCCCAGGAGGUGACAGUGAAAGGAUUUGAACCUUUAAUUCAGUUUGCCUACACUGCUAAACUGUUUUUAAGUAAGGACAAUGUGGAUGAAGUGUGCAAGUGUGUGGAAUUUUUAGGUGUACGUGACAUUGAGGAAUCAUGCUUUCAGUUUCUCAAGUUCAAGUUUUUGGACGCCACCACAGACCAGCAGAAAUGCUCAGGAAAAAAAUGCUUCCCAUCACACUGUCAGAAAACAGACCUUAAAAUUUCACUUUUGGACCAGAGGGAUUUAGAAAUUGAUGAAGUAGAGGAAUUUUUGGAAAAUAAAAAUGUUCAGAUGCCCCAUUGUAAACUCUACAGGUAUCAAGGAAAUGUAAAGGUAUCGCCUCCUUUACAAGACAGUGCCAGCCAAACAUGUGAAUCCAUGUGCUUAGAAAAGGAUGCUGCUCUGGCUUUGCCAUCUUUAUGUCCCAAAUACAGAAAAUUCCAAAAAGCAUUUGGAACUGACAGAGUUCGUACUGUGGAAUCCAGUGUCAAAGAUGUUCACGCUUCUGUUCAGCCCCUUGAGACAUCUGAAAAUGAAUGCCUAGGAGGAGUCCAGCACUGUGCAGAUUUGCAGGUGAUUUUAAAAUGCAAAGAAAGUAAGUUGGCAAUGGAACAUGAAGAAACCAACAAGAAAGAUCCUGCUUCUCAGUGCCCAGCAGAGAAAACCGAGGUGGCUCCACUCCCCUACAAUCCUUCUGCAGAACCUUCUGGACUCUAUUCUCUGUCUCUUUUACACACAUACGACCAAUAUGAUGACUUGAAUUUUGCUGGCAUGCAGAACACAGCAGUGUUAACAGAAAAGCCUUUGUCAGGUACAGAUGUUCGAGAAGAGAAGAUAUUGGGUGAAAAUCAAGAUUUACAUUUGAAAUCUGACUCUGGCCCCCGGGAAGAUAGCAGCCUUGCUUCCAGUGAUCGGAGUAGCGUGGAGCGAGAGGUGGCGGAACACCUGGCGAAAGGCUUCUGGAGUGACAUUUGCAGCACGGACUCACCUUGCCCAAUGCAGUUAUCGCCUGCUGCUGCCAAAGAUGGUUUAGAGCAGAUCUCCUCACAGAAGCGGUCUGAGUGUCCCUGGUUAGGUAUCAGGAUUAGCGAGAGCCCAGAACCAGGUCAGAGGACUUUCACAACGUUGAGUUCUGUCAACUGCCCUUUUAUAAGUACUCUGAGUACCGAAGGCUGUUCAAGCAGUUUGGAAAUUGGAAAUGAUGAUUAUAGUUCUGCACCCCAGCCAGAACCUUGUCCAUAUACUUGUGUGAUAAGCUUGGGAGAUGACUCUGAGACAGACACAGAAGGAGACAGUGAAUCCUGUUCUGCCAGAGAACAAGAAUGUGAGGUAAAACUGCCAUUUAAUGCUCAAAGAAUAAUUUCACUCUCUCGAAAUGAUUUUCAAUCAUUGUUGAAAAUGCACAAGCUGACUCCAGAACAACUGGAUUGUAUCCAUGAUAUUCGAAGAAGAAGUAAAAACAGAAUUGCCGCGCAGCGCUGUCGCAAGAGAAAGCUUGAUUGUAUACAGAAUCUUGAGUCAGAGAUCGAGAAACUGCAAAAUGAAAAGGAGAGUCUGUUGAAGGAAAGAGACCACAUUCUGUCGACUCUGGGUGAGACAAAGCAGAAUCUAACUGGACUUUGCCAGCAAGUCUGCAAAGAAGCAGCUCUGAGUCAAGAACAAAUACAGAUACUCGCCAAGUACUCGGCCUCCGAUUGCCCACUCUCAUUUUUAAUUUCUGAAAAAGGCAAAAGUACUCCUGAUGCUGACCUGGCAUUGCCGUCAAUUAUGAGUUUACCGGAGGGGCCUCCAACUGUGCCGCCUGCUGGAGAGCAGAGCCCCUGCUACCCCAGCUCCCGUGGGAGCCGAGAGGCAGGCUGCCCCCGGGCCCAGGAGUCCAGGCCCACCUCCGGCACCACCUCUGAAUCGGCUGGACUGGUGGAGCAGUGUCGGCCGGGUGGCGGCAUUUCGGAUUUCUGUCAGCAAAUGACUGAUAAGUGCACUACUGAUGAGUAAACUUGCACUUGCUGCCUUCACACCGUCCACUUUUCUACUGAAGUUUCACCAUUGUCUUGAAAGCCUAAAGGAAACCAUCUGUCUCUUAACAAUACUGUGUUUUUCUCCCCAGUAGUUUGCUGUUAAGGGAAUUCCUCUGAAGUCAACCCUGACUUCUUGAUUUCCACAAAGAGAUGCAGAAAUGAUUUUGCCUCCUGGAUGCCGAAAAAUCCCAUGUGAAAAUAUAGUAAGGCUUCAAAAGUCAUGUUUUAAAAAAAUAAUGACUAUUAAUAAUAAUUCUUGCCACUCUUCCAAAAUAUGCGAAUGAAUACUACAGCAUAUCACACAACAGCUUAAAACAUCUGCAAAACAUCCCCAGUUUAACUAUCGGACUUGUUUCACUGGCGUGAAAGAGCAUUUCCCCCCAAGCAGUGCUGAUUGGGUUCCCUUCUACUCAGAAGAAAGGCGUUGGCUACUUGGAAACAUUUGUGUAGAACUUGAUAUUGACAGUGUGAAAAAUAGAGAAAAAAUCAUUUUACACCUGAAUCCAAGAGCAUUGCUCUUCAGCUCUGACCAAAACCAGAGGUGGUUGGCCUGCACUGUCACUGCUGACUUCCUGGGGUUUAGCUAGUAAGGGGCUGUUUGAGGCUCUGGUCCUCCUCAGUGUCGACUUCUAGAAAUUCUGGUUGCGUAAACUGAUAUUUUUAACUCUGGUCUUCAGUCUCCGCAACAUCGGUGUCUAUCAUGAUCUUUCUGUUUCCUGACAUUUUUGUCCCUUGGGAAGAAGAAAUAGCAUUCAGGAUGCAGUGGCAUGAGUGAAUGCAUUGGCAUCAUUGGUCUCCCUGGAAUUCUGAAGUCCUUAUUCCAAUACUAAGCUGCUUGCCUUCCCACUAGAGGUCACCCAUACAAAAAAACCAGGUAUCAUGGGGAAAGAAAAUUGUGUUUCCUUUUAGGAGUGGCAAUUCAUUUUUCACCCUAUUUCUGAAAUCCUAUGGUCUACCCUAAAAAGCAUUCUUGUAGAUGAAAAUGUAUCUGCAGCUGUUUUGUGAACCGAAUGAGACUUCAUCUUUCUCCAUGUGUGCUUGAAUUUGGAGAUCCGAUCUAAGCUUGAUCUCUUCACCAAGUGGUAUAAAAUUUUAUAAUCUACCCCAUAAUAUUUUGUAGUAGUUCUUAGCCAUUCUGGUGUUACAGACUUGAGAAUCCAAUGACAGCAGUGGCCCUUCUCAACAGCUAAAAGGAAAAAUUGCAUACAUUCAGCGAAACACUUGCAGAACCCAGUUUUAAAGAGUACAAAGGAGUAGUUCUAGUGCUUGGAUUAGGAAGUACUUCUUUGCACCAACGUCAGAUACCCAAGAGGGACAGAGAUUGUGUCUUAAGUCUAGUGAAGGGCCAGUGUAGCUAUGUGGGAAACAGAUCUGAAGCCUAAUGGGACCAGACUUAAUAUUUCAGAGGAAUUUGUCAAAUGUUACACUUUUUGAUGGGAGGGAAACAGGGGAGAUAGUGCUAGUAUUUUUUCAGUGGUUUGUGUGUUAUCUUGGUUAUUAACUUAGUUGUAAGAAAAGACUUCUGGGCUUAUUUUCUAGAGACUUUUUAUAAGUAUACUCAACAAUUUGUCAGGGAGAAUGAUAAUUCCAUGAUAGUGCAUCCCAUACUAUAAAAAAGUGUGUGUGUGUGUGUGUGUGUGUGUGUGUAUCUCCCCAUGUAGUGUUUUCUUUGAUACUUGUCCUUUAAAUUUUAACUUCAAAAUAUAAUAUGAAAAUUUUUUCUGGUUUACAAGAUGUAAGAUCUCAUACAAGCCAAUGGAAUCCUUGAUUUCCUACCUCAGUGUACACUCAGUUGCUUGUCAUAUCAGUUUGUGGAUGUGCAAAUGUCAAAUAAUCUUUGGCUUUAAUUGCUACUGUAAAUAACUGCUUUGAAAGGUUACUUACUAUUUUAUGAUAAAACCUAGUUGUCUCCAGAACUUAAAUAUGGUUUUUAAGACCUUUGUUUUACUUUUCUCUCUAUACAGUUUAGCAUUAUGGGUUUAUUUUAAUGAUACUCUGAUUCAUUGGCCAAGUGUAAUAUUUCUUACGAUAUAGCAUUACUUUUACUAGCCACCAUGUAAUACAAGUAACUACACUACCUCAUUCCUCCAUAAUUUUCAAGUUGUAAUACAGAGGGACAGAGAGAUAAAAAGAUUUUUAUCUUUGUCUUUUGGCCAUAAGGUGGGGAUGUUUUCUAUAUAUUGCAUAGCAUUACGCAUUUAUGCCUAUUUUAAUAUUAACUUCUAAAGAAGUUUUUUCUAAGAAAAUUUAUUUCAAGUUGAUUUUUGUUUUUGAGGCUGCCGAAGACAAAUGACAGGAUUAUGUGUAUACAGUGUAUAUCUCUUCCUUCAUGCAACGUUUUUGGAUAAGUGGUUUUCAGUUUGUAUAUUGCAUAUUUACAUCAUCUUUUUUCCUUAUGUUAUGAAUUGGUCUUCUCAGUGCUUGGCGAUUUCAAAAAAAUUAUGUCUCAUUCAAUAAAAUAACAUUACCUUAAAAUUCUUUUUCGUUAUUUGAAUGCUAUAACUACUGCAAAUAAUUUAAUUGUUAUAUUCAGAGCAAAUGUGGUUAUAAAUCUUGGUUCUCCAUUUUAUAACAAUUUAAUGUAGCUCAAUGCUUAACCAAUUUUAAAUAAAGAAUUAUAUAUAUUUGAUGCAGUAGACGAUGCAGGUUGCAUGUGGACACUCAGGCCACAUUAACUUGGGAAAAAAAUAGCAAACAAAUGGCAAUGUUGUAAUGAAUUCUCAGGUGAACUUUUUUUCAGUUAAGAAACAUCUAUUUUGAAUUUGUAAAUAUUUUAAAUGUUUUAUUAAGGCAUGUAAAAACUAUUCAUUGAAAUCUGUUGUUCAGAAUGAAGAUUUAAAGCCAUAUAAUAGUCAAAGGUGGCAUACUGAUUGUAAAAUAAACAUAACAUUAUUGAUUAUUUUUUGUAUCUUUCAUAUAAUUUUCUAACAAUGCAAUAAAACCACUAAACAUGUAUCCAUCUCCUCUUAAGAUCAUGUUUCAUUGAAACUAAACUUUACUGGUAUUUAAUUGACAUUUUCUUCUUCAUGUACUUUUCCAGAUGUAGUAAAACUAUACAUGUUAGAUGUUGGUAAUAAAAUGACAGUAAAAAAAAUUCU